AUUUUUUUUUUUUGAUAAUGGUACACAAGGUAGAAAGGUGGGAUACAUGCAUUACAUUGUGGCUGUACAUACACAGUGACAGAACAUUUGAGAUUUGGGGCGGAUGAUUUUUUUUCAAUACUAAAAACAACAUCCACAUGUUUGUAAAAUAAUUAUAUUGUUUAUAAUUUUUCAAUUAUUGACAGUCAUAUUGAAUUUUAUAAAAUCAAUUGUUAUUCAUUUUUGGUGAGACACGCAUGCGAAUGACAUUUGUCAUUAAUUUGCUACCGAUUUUCGGCAGCAGGAAUCAUUAUUUUAUUGACCAGUUGGUGAUUCAUCAUACUAUUCAGAAAAUUUACACUAGAUGAAAAUUGUUUCUCUUUGAGUUAAAUGAAACUGCCAAAUAAGUAUCUCACAAAAUAGCACAUCAGCCAUGACUUUAGAGACGCAAAAUGGACAAACUAGAAUUUCACCCAGAGUUCACCAGGUUGUUGUUCUUGGUGCUGGUGGAGUUGGAAAAUCAGCUGUAACUCUUCAAUUUGUGAGCCACAGUUUUUUGGACUAUCAUGAUCCAACAAUUGAGGACUCAUAUCGUCAACAAGCAGUUAUUGAUGGCGAGGCAGCUCUGUUGGAUAUAUUGGACACCGCUGGACAGGUGGAAUUUACAGCAAUGAGAGAUCAGUAUAUGCGUUGUGGUGAAGGUUUUAUAAUUUGUUACUCGGUUACUGAUCGUCAUAGUUUUCAAGAGGCAAUUGAAUACAGAAAAUUAAUAUCACGUGUACGAUUGAAUGAAGACAUUCCUUUGGUAUUAGUUGGUAAUAAAUUUGAUUUACAAUCACAACGACAAGUUACAACUGAAGAGGGUAAAGCACUGGCUGAGCAAUUGGGAUGUCCAUUUUACGAGACAUCAGCAGCAUUGAGACAAUUUAUUGAUGAUUCAUUUUACUCAUUGGUACGACAAAUAAGACGCAAAGAAAGAUAUCGUGAAACUGCUAGAAAACGUAGCAGAUGGCGAAGACUACGAUCAAUAUUUGCAUUUAUUUUUCGACGUAAAAAUCGAAAUAAUAAUAGCAAUAAUAAUUCUCACUAUUCACCCUGAAAUAUAAAGAAAAUUUUAAAA